AUGCCACCGCGUCGCGAAUUAACUCGAGAGGAAAAAGAUGAGAAGAAUAGGAAGGCUAGGGAAAAAAGAAGUAACGAAGACCCGGAGGCUAAGGAAGUGCGAUUGGCGGCUAAUAGGGAAAGGGCCAAGAUCGCUCGUGAAGAGAAGCGACGUCGGCUCAAUCCCGAAGAAGUUCAGGUUGCAAAAAAUUUGAAUGCGAAAAAGGCUAGGGAAGAGCGUCAGGCAGAGGCACCUGACGAGAGAGCGUUGAGGCAGAGGUUAGAUGCUGAGCGGAAGAGAGUCGCCCGUGCUAACGAGACUCAGGUUGAACAUGAAGCUAGACUGCAUGAUCAGCGAAUCCGUCAGCAACUCCUUCGACAGGAACAAGCGGAAGAAGAAAAUCGUGCUCGACUGUUAGCCGAGGCGGAGCGGCAAGCAGUUUUUCGUCAAGAAGAAGAAAAUCGUGCGCGACUGUUAGCCGAGGUGGAGCGGCAAGCAGUUCUUCGUCAAGAAGAAGAAAAUCGUGCGCGACUGUUAGCCGAGGCGGAGCGGCAAGCAGAUCUUCGUCAAGAUGAACAAAUUCGAGCUCGAUUGCAAGCCGAGGCAGAGCGGCAAGCUGCUCUUCGUCAACAAGAAGCAGCAAUUAUUCUACGAGCGAUGAAUCAGAGACCUGCAUGUGAUCGCCCAAGAGUUGUUCUUGCUAAUGAUGCUGUGGCAGAGCGUCCAGCAAGACAACAACAUCAGGCAAGAAAGAGAGCUGCUGACGACACCGAAACUGCUGAAGAACAACGAGCUAGGUUGCAAGCCCAGGCAUUGCGGAAGAAAUUUCUGCGGAGAGAUGAAUCGGAAGCAGAGAGAUCAGCAAGACUUCAAGAUCAGGCAUUGAGGCAAAAAUCUCUGCGGAACGAGGAAUCUGAAGCAGAGAGAUCUUCUAGACUUUGUGAGCAGGCCUUGCGUCAAAAUUCUUUGCGGAAAGAGGAAUCUGAAGCAGAGAAGUGGGCUAGACAACGAGCGCAGGCGCUACGCCAAAAAACUCUGCGGAAUGAGCAAAUUGAAGCAGAGAAAUUGGCAAGACUCCGGGAACAGACCUUGCAGCAAAAUUCUCUGCGGAAAGAAGAAUCCGAAGCAGAAAAAUGGGCAAGACAGCGGGCACAGGCACUACGACAGAAAUCUCUACGGGAUAAGGAACUUGUAGCAGAGAGGCUUGCUCGACUUGGCGAUAAGUCAUUACGCCAGGAAGCUGUACGUUGCAGAGCAACAGGAGAAGAAAGAUUGGAGCGUGCUAUGGCUGAUAGAUUUUUUCACGAAGUAAAUCUCCUCAACGAAACUGAGCAGGAAGCUGCAGAACGACGUGAGCAGCACACAGAAGUCAUGACUGAUUAUAGAGCGACUGAAAAUGAGGAAGAAACAGCUGAUAGGCGUGAAGAGGAUAGGUUGCGAACAGAGCUACAGCGAGAACAUCAAUUUGAACGAGAGCGAGAAGAGGAAGAACUGCGAGCAAGAAAUGCGCUUCAACACGCCGAAAUUGUUCCCGUUGAAACCGCAGACCACGAAGCUUUUCUUCGUGAGAUGCACCUUGAUCGCAACCGUGCUGGAAAUCGGCGAACGCAUCGGAUAGCUUGCAAAGACAUUGUUGUAGAGGAUCGGGUUCAUUUGCUUGACAUUGGAGAUUUGACCAAGAUUUGUGCUGAGUGUGACGCCAAACACUUUGAAAAAGAGAUGCCAAAAGAUCAAAAGUUUCAGCGAUGCUGCGGAAAGGGAAAAGUAAUUAUUCCACCACCAAAGCCAUGUCCGCAACCCUUGGCCAGUCUCUUGCAAAAUCAGCAUCCAAAGUCCAAGCAAUUCAUGAAGCAAAUUCGAAACUACAACAGUGCUCACGCUUUUGCUUCGCUUGGAGCAAACCAAUCUCCACCACCAAACCGAGGCCCCUACUGCUAUCGAAUUCAUGGCCAGAUUUACCAUCAAAUCACUCCGCUUGGUCCAACACCAAAUCCCAGAUAUGCAGAUCUGUAUUUUUUGGACUCGGCGCAGGCCACUGAUUAUAGGGCAAAUAUCCAGGCAAUGUCGGGUUGUUGUAGAAUAUUGAUGGAAGAAUUGGACGCUAUGCUUCGAGAGAAGAAUCCGUACGCCUUGGUUUACAAGAUGAUGCGCCAAGUUCUUGAAGAAGAAUACGUUCAACGCCAGGCCGCAAAUCUUCCUCACUACACUGUCGGCAUGAUCAUCACUUGUGAUAGAAGAAAUGUCGACCAGCGGCGCUACAACUGCCCGACGGCCCACGAGAUAGCAGUAGUAUUCAAAAGCUCUGAUGGAGCUCCGCCAUCCAACAGAGAUAUUCGUGGCCAUCUCUAUAUUCCCGUCAGAGGCCGACGUUUCAUCCAGAUUAACACACAGAAGCCCAUGUGUGAUCCGAUGUGUUAUCCUCUGCUAUUCCCCAACGGUGAAGAUGGUUGGCAUGCUCACAUGAAUUAUAACACCACCAGUCGGAGGGAAAGAGAUGAAGCAGCAGCAAUGGCAAUGAUUGUUGAUGAGGAUGAAGACGAGCAGAUUGAUCCCCUGUGGCCCAACCCCAGAGUGUUAAUUCGUGAAGAAGUCGCCGCAGCAGAUGGCAAUGCUGAGAUUGAAAAUGAGCGAAAUGUAGAACCGGAACCAGCCGAAGCAGACGAGAACGAUGAUCAACAACCAAACAGGAACAGAGGCCCACGCUCAAGAGUGACGCAAGCCGAGUUCUACAGUUCAAUCAUGUCAAUCCGCGGUGAUUUCAAUAUCGUUUUGUCCGGGGGUGCCCUCACUCAGCAAUAUUUUGUCGAUUCUUACGUCAAGACCGAGGGGAAUCGCAUAGAUUGGCUCAGAAAACACCAGACAGAGCUGCAUGUUGAGCGCUACUGCGGUCUGAUGGAUUACAUCAACAAUCGAGCGGAAAGAGAAAAUGUGGAAGUUGGCACUAUCUACAUUCUCCCUUCGUCCUUCAUUGGCAGUCCUCGAGCCAUGAAGCAAAAUUAUCAAGACGCGAUGGCAAUUGUUGCCAAAUUUGGAAAACCAACUUUUUUUUUAACGUUUACUUGCAAUCCCAAGUGGAGAGAAAUUACGGCAAAUAUUGCGAACUAUCAGACAGCUUCUGAUCGUCCCGAUAUGGUCGCACGAGUCUUCCACUUGAAGAAAAAAGAGUUGGUCGACGACAUCGAGAAAAAGCAAGUUUUGGGUUUCGCCACAGCUCAUAUCGAAGUCAUCGAAUUUCAAAAACGCGGUCUUCCUCAUUGCCACAUGCUGAUCUGGAUCGAUAAGAGAGAUGCCCCUUUAUCACCAGAAGAUAUGGACAAGACCAUUUGUGCGGAAAUUCCCGACAAGUCCCUCCAUCCAAGACUCUACGCCGCUGUUAUGGCUCACAUGAUCCACGGCCCGUGUGGAGCCAUCAACAAAAAGUCUCCUUGCAUGGAUGUUGAAGGGUGCACCAAAAAGUUUCCGAAAGAUUUCAUCGCAGGAACCAUCAUCAACGACAACGGCUAUCCGACUUAUAGAAGAAGAGACACUGGAGUUAAACAUCCGUUGAAAAGAGGGAAUGUCGUCUAUGAAGUAGACAACAGAUGGGUUGUGCCUUAUAACCCUUGGUUGCUGCUGAAAUAUGACUGUCACAUAAACCUCGAAUCCUGCGCUUCACUCACCAGUGUCAAAUACAUCUUUAAGUACGUGUACAAAGGCCAUGACAGCGGAAACAUUGAGACAAAAAAGGGAACGCAUCAGCAAGUUGAAGGUGAAGAUGAGCCGACAUUCGUGUGGGACGAAAUCACUACUUUUUUGGACACGCGUUACGUCAGCGCACCAGAAGCCGCCUGGAGAAUCAAUAAGUUUCCCCUCAGCAAUCGUUCCCAUGUCAUCUUCCGACUUGCCGUACAUCUUCCAUUGGAACAGUCCGUCUUUUUUCACCCGGGCAACGAGGAACAAGCAGUCGCCAACGCCGCUUUGAAAGAAACGACUUUAACUGCUUUUUUCAUCUUGAACCGGGAUAAUGAAGAAGCGAGGCAGUUGGUGGCCGUAAUUUCUGGAAGCGACGAGUUCAAAAUCUCAAAAUCAUUGGCCGAUUGUACACGGUGA